CAACAAAGGCAUCCGGAGGCGCCAAUACGGUAUCGAAUCACGGCAAUACGACGUAGAAUCGCGUUGCGGAUAAAAUAUAAUAAAGAGAAUCUUUCAGAGAUUCAAAGGGGGGGCAUUUGUCCCCCUAAAAAAGUCAGUGACGGUGGAAGUCAGCGUGUGUGCCUUUCCAGUUAUAUUUACCAUUUACCAUUCAUCGUUUACAAUCAGUGUGCCUCUGGUUUCCAGACUUCCCUCUUUUUCGCCAUUCGUCUAUCGCUCUCUCUCUCACUCUCUAAUUUGGUCACUUGCACGGUGGUUUCAAUUUCUGGUGGAUUGCAUAUUGCCGCUUGGCGUCCAACCUCCGUGGCAGGGACAACGUGCCACAAGGCGCGGCAAAUCGUGACUAUCGCAUCCUUCAAGCAUUGCCGCAUUCCUUUGACGUUGCGUGUUGGCGCGUCAUCGUCAUCGUCAUCGUCAUCGUCAUCGUGGUCGCGGUCGUGGUCGUGGUCGUGGUCACAAUCGUCAUCAUUCUCAUUCCCGUCCAUUCAUCAGCUGCGGCAUUUGCAGCUACAUUUGUUGUUAUCACAUUGUGUGCGAAAGACCAUCAAAAUAUCUUCAUUCGAAGAAGAUUAUCGGGCUGACAGGCCCAUGGUGCAGCGUGCAUCAUCCUCAGAUGCUCCCUCAACUCAGGGCGGCCAACAUCGAGAGUCUCGAUUUGGCCUUGGAUAUACAUCAUACCAAAGCGGAUACAAUAAGUUAUUCACACAGGGUUCUGCCGACUCGAACUACUCACAACCGUCAUCCGAUCUGUCGCUAGACGAGGAAAAGGAAUCGCUUCGGCGAGAAAAGGAACGUCAGGCCUUAAGCCAGUUGGAUAAAGCGAGGAGCAAACCAGUAGCGUUCGCUGUGCGAACCAACGUAGCAUACGAUGGAGCCAUCGACGACGAUUCGCCCGUUCAAGGUGCUGCAGUUUCAUUUGAGAUGCGGGAGUUCCUGCACAUCAAGGAGAAGUAUGACAAUAACUGGUGGAUCGGCAGACUGGUUAAGGAAGGCUGUGAUGUGGGCUUCAUACCCAGCCCCGCUAAGCUAGACAACAUACGAAUGCAGAAUCAAACUAGACCCUCAAGACUGUACGGCACAAAGGGCUCAUCUAGUGGGAAUUUAGGUGCGGGACAAGCAGGUGCGGAGCCAUCACGAGGUAGCACACCCCCCACACCUGGUGACGAAUCAGAUUCCAUGGGACCAGGACGACAUGGCAAAACACCAUUGGCAACUCAACCCAAUAAGGAGAAGCGAAAGCCGUUCUUCAAGAAACAGGAAACCGCCAGCCCGUACGAUGUGGUGCCAUCGAUGCGUCCCGUUGUUUUAGUGGGUCCAAGCCUUAAAGGUUACGAGGUAACCGAUAUGAUGCAAAAGGCGCUCUUCGAUUUCCUCAAGCAUCGUUUCGAAGGUCGCAUCAUCAUAACGCGCGUCAUGGCCGAUAUAUCAUUGGCGAAGCGUUCCAUUAUGAACAAUCCAUCGAAACGUGCCAUUAUGGAGAGAUCCAGCAGUCGUUCCGAUUGUCUUGGCAAAGUUCAGGAGGAGAUCGAGCGAAUCUUUGAGCUGGCCCGUUCACUCCAGCUGGUCGUACUCGAUUGUGAUACAAUCAAUCAUCCGUCACAAUUAGCAAAAACUUCAUUAGCGCCAACAAUAGUUUACUUAAAGAUUAGUAGUAGUAAGGUUUUACAGCGUUUAAUCAAAUCACGAGGCAAAUCACAAGCUAAAAACUUGUCCGUACAAAUGGUUGCCGCUGAAAAAUUAGCCCAAUGUCCACCCGAAAUGUUCGAUGUUAUUUUAGACGAGAACCAAUUAGAAGACGCCUGCGAACAUAUUGCCGAAUACUUGGACACGUAUUGGAAGGCCACGCAUCCAGAUCUCCGUACAGGCGCAGUACAGGCCAUUGCCAGGCCGCUGCCUCAAGAGGUGUCAUCGUCACCUACCGUAGAUCAAGCUCGCUUGGGUCCAACACCACCAGGAGGUGCCUCUUACCAUCACAGCCGUCGCCAGGCGUCAGGACGUCACCAGGAUCGCAGCGGAGGCAGCGGUGCGGGCGGCGGUCAUGCGGCUGGCUUUGAACGCGACAGGGAGCGUUAUGAGCGUCAGGAAAGAGAGCGAUUGCAUGCGAGGGAUCGAGAUCUGAUGCAUUACGAUCUGAACAGUGAUGAGAUGUUAGACGAGCGUAAUUUUGAGUUUCCGGCGAUGCGAAGUGGGCCAAGUGGCGCCUCACAUCAUGGUCAUCUAUCCCGCGGCGGUCGACUGAUCGACGAUGGCGAUUUUGAGCGUGAUGAUCGAUUGAUGGGCAGCUCGAGAACCCGCUAUGGACCUGGACCCUCGACACGCAUUGAUGAUCCGCGGGAUGUGGCGAGAGCGGCAGCUGUUGUCGAACGCGAUCGCGAUGAAUACAGUCCGCAUAGAGGUGGUGGGAGUAGUAGGAGAAUGCUGAAUGCCAUGUAGGAAUCGUGGAUAUAGGGGUGGG